CUGCAGAUCACCAAGACUGGCAUGUGCCUAAGCUGAAGAAAUCGGACUCAUUUCCGCAGAUGUGUCAAAAUGCUAACCAGUGAACGAGCCUAUUGUUGGCCAAGAGGAAGUGCUCGAAGUAGAUCUGAAGGAAAUUUGAUAGACAUGGAAGCCUUAAAACUCUCAAAAAGUCACAAUAUGACAGCAUGCCAAGGACUAGGCUUGCCUCACAACUGGCCAGAUGUUUCUACUGUCAAUGGUAAUAGUGAUGCCAAAGCUACAUGUCUGUCCUGGAGUAAGCUGUCUGCCUCGAACCCGUUUCUGGAUGACAUCACACAGCUAAGAAAUAACCAAAAGAGGGAUAAUAUGUCCAUCUUGAAGGAAGAUCCUUUUCUUUUUUUAAGACAAAUAGAAACAAGAAAUUCCUUUGAUUCCUCUGGUGAUGAACUUGACAUGGAUCAGGUGCUGAGGCCAUCUUCCUCAAGGAAGUCAGGAAGGUCUAAGAGUGUUUCAGACCUCCUGGAUACCUUAGAUUAUAUGUCAUACACUCAUCAAAGUAUGAAUAUCUCUGACCAGAUCCUAAUGCAAGACUUAGAAUGGCUUCAAAGUGACCGAGAAGCAUAUAAAAUGGCUUGGCUAAGUCAACGUCAGCUGGCCCGCUCUUGCCUGGAACUGAAUACAAUUAAUCAGAGUCCUGGGUGGGCUCAAACACAAAUUGCAGAAAACAUUGCAGUUUAUAAAUUAAAUCAUCAAGGAGGGUCAGUCCAGUUUCCUGACUCAGAUAUCACUAUUCAUGUACCCCAAGGACACGUAGCUGUAGGGGAAUUCCAGGAGGUAUCUCUGAGAGUGUUUAUGCAUCCUCCACCAAAGCUGAACCAUGAUCUCUCCUGUACUGUAAGCCCCUUGUUGGAAAUCAGGUUAAGCAACCUGAAUACCAUGGAAGCUAUUUUGCUGGAGAUGAAAAUUGGGGCAGAAGUCAAAACAGAUCCCCUGAGCCAAGUCAUGACAGAAAUGGUGUGUUUCUACAGCCUGGACAGAGAAGGCCCCUUCCGAGCACUAAAUAACUGCUAUAUCUACAGAGACACUAUCCAAGCAAAGCUGCUUGACCUGAGCCGGACAAUGUACAUAGUCAUAGCUGCACAGGCUAAGACCAUUCAGCCACCAGCUGCUACUAUCUGGGAUUAUAUUCACAAAACCACAUCCAUUGGAAUUUACGGACCCAAAUAUAUCCAUCCAAGUUUUACUGCUGUUUUCACAGUCUGUGGACACAACUACGUGCCAGGAAAGUUUACAGUCUCUGACAUUAAGAAAGAUGGAAAAAGUACAUCUCCAGUCGUAUUUCACCUCUGGGGGAAGCAUUCAUUUUUACUUGACAAGCCACAAGAUUUAAUUAUUUCAACUUUUUCCUGUGAUCCUGAUUUUGAAGUAAAGGUAGAGGGAGAAGAGAAAGUAAUUGCACAAAGGCAAUUGGAAACAGGUGUGGUAGUUCAUCAACACGUUUUCUUUUCUUCAGUUGAACGCAGAAAGAUGGACUUGUUUGUUUUCCGGGUUCAAGUGGAGCACACCAGUGGAAAACCAGUCACACAGUUCUUUGUCACUUCACCUGAUCCAGCCCCAAAUUUAAAAAGGUUCUCACAUCUGCCAGGCUAUUUCCAGAAGGAGAGAAAAGGACAGAGAAUAUCUUUAUUAUCGACAGGGCUUGUUCAGUACCCCACUUUCCAAGAUAAAAAAUUGGACUUUACCAAUUAUGGGGUUACACUGAAGACAGUACUGAGGCAAAGUAAGAUUGACUAUUUACUUGAGUAUUUGAAAGGGGACACAAUUGCCCUUCUUGGAGAAAGUACAGUAAGAGCCAUUGGACAGUCCAAAGUGAAAGAAUGGUAUGUAGGAGUUCUCCGAGGUAAAAUCGGACUUGUGCAUUGCAAAAAUGUCAAGGUGAUUUCCAAAGAACAAGUGAUGUCUACGUCUGAUGGCAUUUUUACAACUAAGAAUCUUCUGGAACAAAUUGCUUUGCCAUUUAAAAAUCUGACUUAUAUAUACUCUGUUGUAUUGACCCUGGUGUCAGAAAAAGUUCAUGACUGGAAAGUUUUAGCUAAUGUCCUGGGAUACUCACAUCUGGUACAGGAAAAUUUUGAUAGAAUUCAAGCAGACAAGGAACCAGAAAGGGUUUCUUACAUUGUUAAGAAGUUAGAAGAAGAUUGCCAUGAAGACAGAAAUACAAGGAAGUUUCUUUAUGAACUGAUUGUGGCUCUGCUAAAGAUGGAUUGCCAAGGGCUAGUGGCAAGUCUUAUCCAAGAGGCUGUUAUUUUGACUUCAGCAGUCAAGCUUGGAAAAAGCUGGAGGGAACUUGCUGAGAAGUCUGCAGGACUCACUAAGCAUCAGAUACAGGCAUAUGAGAUCCCUCACCGGGGAAAAUCUGGAACUGUGUCAGCCGAGGCAAUGUGGAAACCUGCCUAUGAUUUCCUCUAUGCAUGGAGUGCUCACUAUGGAAAUAGCUGCAGAGAUGUGUUACAAGACCUUCAAUCAGCUUUGGACAGAAUGAAAAACCCUGUCACCAAACGGUGGAGAGAUUUAACUGGAACUUUAAUACUAGUAAAUUCUUUAGAGGUUUUGAGAGUAACUGCUUUCACUAGUUCUCAGGAAAUAUAGAAUGAAGCAAGUUUUGGGAGCAAGGAGAAUGGAAAGGGGGAAAGGUGUGUGUGACAAAGGGGUUGGGGGAUGAGCUCAUAAAGAUGUUUUAGAUUUGGAAAACUGUUUUACCUUCUGAAACAAAACCUGCAACUAUUAACAGAACUGGGUUUUGUAAUCAAAGCUCUUUUUGUGUAUGUUGCAAAGAAAAAUCAUAAAAUGCUCUAUUAUUGAGAAAGAAAGAAAAGCCCUUCUCUCUCCUUCAAAGUUCCUUCAGUUUUCUUAAUUUAAAACACAUGAGUGUUUAAUAACAUCAAACAGAUACCUCAAUAAACUGAAGGCUUCAUCAUAGGCAGCUAAGGUUUACCAUGAGGCAGGAAAAUAGAAGGAGUGAAGACACUUACCUUCAAAGGCUGCAUCUUUUCUCUACAAAUCUCCUCCUAUAUUCUUCAGUGUUCUAUGUGCAAAAAUCAAGGGUGGAAGAGUAUUAGUCUUCCUCCCAAGAGACCCAGCCCAUUGGUGACACCAGGAGUUAGGUCAAUGCAAUCUGAGGCCCUAGAGGAUGCAGAAUGGUUUAUUCCUGGAAGAGUGAGCAAGUUGUGAGCACCCUCUGCCUAAAUAGUUUUGCAGAGGAAGUGGCCCCAGGUUAGCCCCAAUGGUCCCUUGCCAGGAAUGCCCACAGAAGAGAACCAACAAAUACUGUUUCUGGCUAUUGAAAAAUCAUAUCACAUAGCAGAAUAGUGAAAAAAAAUAAUAAAAAUGAAAAUAAAAAUGCAUACUGAGAAGCAAAGCUUAUUCCUCUUUUUAAACAGUCUUGAAUAAUUACCCAAAGGAAAAUAUGUCACUGUCAGAAAAACUGUCUUCAAACAUGGACUGGAAAUUUUUAUUAUUUUCCUUUAGUGUCUUGGGACUAUAUGUAAUCCACCUAAUCUGAAGUAUUAUCCCAUGACCGGAAUGCAAAAUAUUUUUUCUACCAAUCAGGAUAUAUAACACUGAGUUACUACAAACAAUUGCUAUCAUUAAAACA